GUCACCGUUCCAUCACCGUCCCCGUCGUCCGUCGACCUCUCGCCGCUGCCGUCCGUCCUCCCGGCGACGGCUUAGCGCCUCUGCUCACUGCCGAGCAUGGAUACCUCUCCCAACCUGCCGAUACCCCGCCUCAGACUCACUAGGCACUCUCCACCGGGUCGCGCCGAUACCCUCAACACGCCGACCGCUGGUCCUUCACGCACCUCGCCAGAGGCAUUGCGCGCACGGAUCUACGACGAAGACGAUGCAGAAGCAACCCCGCGUAUGCCCGCCGCGCGCAUCGCGGACUCGCCUCAGGCCACUAUUGCGCCUGGCCUUCCCCUCGAUACACCUGCCGCCCGCCUGCGAAUGGCCCUGGCGCGCGUACCCAACAAUACGUCCCCACCACGGGCAUCCACCUCGCGUCUCCCAGAGCCUCAAACACCUUCUGAGCCUGAUUCUGACCUAGAUCCACCAUAUUCCAUCACUGCAACACGUAGUAUCGCGCGGGAAAGCCUCAGGGAGCUCUUCUCAAGUGCGUUACAACCGGUUGGAAACACGCCUCAAAAGUCCAACGGACGCGUCAGGCGCAAUAGCGUCGGCCCUGCCAGUGAGGUCGAUCCGAGCCCCCGUAUCGAGCGCGUCGAACGGGAGAGGGAGGGGAACAAGGGCAAGCGCAAGAGUAUGAGUGACGAGGAGGUAGAACAUCUCUCAAAUGUUUCGAGACGGUCAGAGGAGUCUUCUCAGUCAUCACAUUCAAGGGCCGCACGGUACAAUGCCCUGAAUGCCGUCCUCUCCGACACACAUUCUAGCACCAUGCCUCCCACACCUCCGCCAGAACGAAUGGUUACCGACAUGACCAUGCCCCCAAGUGACACAUCGCAAGACACUGCAACGAUACUCCGCGAGAUGAACAGGCCAGAAUUCGAAGCGACGCCUCCUCAUGCGACGAGCACACCAAUGCGUACGUUGCAGAUGUCGUCGCAAUUGAGCGGGCAGUCCAAUCUCUUGGACGGAGAUUCGGAAAUGCGCCACGCCCUCGGUGGGUUUGACAGUUAUGAGGGAGACUCGCUCGCGAACGGCCACGCCCCUCCAUUCCCUCCCUCGCGAUCGAGGUUCACUUCGCCUCCCCCUACUCGACCGACUUCGUGGAGCUCACAUAUGCGGGCCGGUUCGUCUUCUCCGAAUCCCCCAAGCGCGAACACAGGUCCGGUCUCCCCUGGCAGGCCACUCUCGUGGAGUGCGCAUCAGAAAUCGGACCCAGUCUCGCCUGGCCGGCCGCUCUCCUGGAGCUCCCAUUCGAAAUCGCAUUCCGUACAUAACCUGCAGAUGCCCUUGAGCAGACGUGGCAGCGAGGAACUGGAGAACUCGACGUCGUCACGGGGUUCUCUGACCAGUUCAUCCUCUCAAUCCAUCGGAGACUACAAGGAGCGACAGGACGAUCUUGGGCGCGACCGCUUGCGAGACCGAGAGCGUUUGUGGAACCAUCCGCAACCAAAGUCGCCCGCUCGUACUCAACAUCUCGCAAAUGGACGUAACAGCCCAUAUCACGCGCAUACGCUCUCGCGUAAGGGGAGCGCAGCCUCUCUGACAAGCUUACAGAGCACCGACGAUGGGCGAUCGAGCAGAGCUAGCUCAAGCUCGGUGAUGUCGCAAGCUGAACGUCUGUCUUCUUCCUUUUUCAUGUCACUAGUUUGGCUCACGCAGUACGUUGUAGAACGUGAACGGGUGAAAGAGCUAGAGCAGGAACGUCAAAAGGAGCGGGAGCACGGAUGGAACAAGGCGAAACACGCUCAGUCCAAGACGCUCGAACGCUCGUCCUCUAGCCUCAACCUCCGCCCACACGAGCGAACGAGAACACUAUCCAGCGUCGUGUCUGCUCAUACUCCACCGAGACCCGACUCCGCGCAGAGCUUCCUCUCCCCACAUACGCACACACCGGGACAGCCUCGGCAUAGUCUGUCGCGGCAGUCGUCAUCGAAUUCCUUGCGCGGUUCUGCUUCGGAGCAUAGCCGUGCAGCCUCUCCUGCCGGUUCCAUGUCAGGUAUGGAGCUCGAGCCGGAGGAGAAGGAGUUUGUGCACGUGCGGGAGCGCAAUUGGAACUCGCCGCGGCCCAAGUGGGAUAUACACACUCACAGAUCGCCGAGCCCGGUGCCGCCUGCCACGUCGGCGUCUGGCUCGAAAGUGGUGAGCCCCAGGGAGCGUAGAGACAGCUCUAUGUCAACCUCCCACGCAUCUGUGAGGCAGAGAACCGAGAGCUUGCGGAGCAGCCCGGCACCCACAGCCACUGGACAUGCGAGGACGAGAACGCUCAGCUCGAUGUCGUACGACACGAAAGGCAAGACUCUUAUGAAACCCAAGUCUCCCGCUCCGUCGUUAGGCAUGCCGAGUAAGUCUCCGGGAUUCUCCUCCCGCUCUCCUUCGCCUGUGCGGGCUACGCACGACGAGAGCGAGCACAGUGAUUCUCAGCCUCCAACACCCGGCUUCCGCUCGCGCUUUGGGUGGGCGUUCCCUGUGAACCGCACGCAGCUGCCACCACUUGAGCUCGAUAAUGAGAUAGACUCGCCGGAGAAGCGGCGCCCUGCUACUUCUAUCUCGUCGUCGCGGCUGUCCCUCAAGAGCCCAGGCACAAGUCAUAUACCCCGACCUUCCAGCGCCUUGGGCGAUGCCGCGGAGGCUGCGAAGAAGCGAGGGCAUCGCAGGAGUAUCACUGAGCUCAGCCAGUCUAAUGGGCCCAUCCCGCCUGUGUCGCACACAGAUGAGCGGGACGACGAUGAGAUCAGCAUCGAGAUUGACCAUGGGUCUGAUUCUGACCCUGACCCUGAAGACGAAGACGAGGAGUCACGAUUCCCGAGCUUCCACAGUGAAUCACAGAUGGAUCCUGUAUUCGCGAGUGAUGAGGAGAGUCCCCCCGCCACGAGCACACCGACGGCUCGACCUGCACCUUUGCCUCGGUCGCCCCCCUCACCGUCGCCGUCAUACUCACCCGAUCCUAUUCAUGCGACCUCUUCACGUCAGAGUGACACGACCGCACAUGAUGGUGACCCUCACAGCAGCAAGGUCGAGAAACCAGAGUCUCCUCCCCCGACACCAGCAGACAGGACCCCAGCACCCGUAUUCACUCUUCAAACACCGCCACGGCGAUCCCCAGGCAACGGCAGUUCCUCUGCGAGCUCCUCCAAGCUCGAGUUCAAGACGCCAUCGCCACCUCGAGGCAUGCCCGACUUGCCGGAUCUUCCAUCCUUCGCCACUGAAGAUGGCGACGGAGAAGGAGAGAACGACAACACGCCUGUCAUGACGAGUGCCCCAGGGAACCUGACCAUGAUGAAGACGCCGCGUCCACCAGGGGCGUGGGCGGCCACUCCGGACGUCCGACACGAUGGGAGCGCGAGCAACCGAUUCGCGGGGAAGAACGUGGGCGAAGACUCGAGUGCAUCCAGCGUGCUGGUAAACACGCCUGACGGACAAGCAAAGGUGGACAUCGUCGCGACACCAGGCGGUGGUUCCGACGCGUCUGGCGCCAUCAUGCCGAACACGACCGCGACGUGGCCGCGCACGCCCGCGCCGCCGGGUGCGUGGCUGCAGACUCCGGGUGGGCCCGCGUCCGUACGACGGCGGAGCAUCCUGAAGGUGCGCUUCGACGUCGAGAGCGAGACGACCGUGUCGGACAUCGGCGACUCGUCUGCGGAGACGAAGCGACCCGCUCUCCCCGCAGAGUGGAACCCGAACGCGGGGGGCAACUCGUCUACGGACGCCGCGCUCGCUAUGCCGCCCGUCACUGUGAAGAGUGAGGGUGAGGACAGGAUGCCGUCAAAGGUGGAGACGCCGGCGACCCCGCCGCCACGGCCUGAGUCUGCGGGUGGGCGGCCGUUCCGCUCGCCGGGGAGCGUCACCAUGAAGAUCGUGGAUGCAUUUGGGCGGGAGACAACCGUUGAGGAGGAAAAACCAUGCUCGGCUCAGGAGCCUCAUCAGGAGGCCCCGACGCGAUCCAAGACGCCUGAGCGGAAGACGCAACAGUCUGCGCCGCCCACUCCGCGCAGUCGGAGUGCAGUCAAGAUCGUCGACGCGAUGGGGCGUGAGGUCGAGGAGCCCGUGCCGGAGGCGUCUGGCUCGCGUGUCGCUCACCGCGAGUUGUACGUCGAGCCAGCCGACGUGUCGUUACGGGCAAUGUCGGUCAUGGAGGACGAGGGGUCGUCUAUAUUCUCGGUUGAUAUGCCGACGCCGACAAAUCACACCGAGGCGCUUGCGCUUGUGCGGGAGCAGGUGAAGACCAUGAAGAAGGAGGCGCGGCAGGCGGACAAGGAUAGAUCGUGCCUGGAGCGGGCGCUGGACGACGGUCGCGCGCGGUCGCUGGAGGACGCGUCAAACAAGGCGCGCAAUCUGCGGCGGUCAAUUUCGCAGACACUGCAACGCGUGGAAGGCGCGGGUACCAGCGCAGACAGUUCGCGGACGAGCAAGUACGCGGCGCUCAAGGAGAACAUGCGCCGAAGCACAAGUCGGUUCCUGCCAUCCGCGAUGUCGGAGACGACGGUCAAGUCGGCGUGGAGUCGGGGUGCCUGGCUGUUUUGGGCUUUUGUACUGAUUCAGCUAGGAUUCUGCCUGGUGAUGUACCGCUUAGCUAAUAUGCGGGCUCGUCGAUUGUUCCUGACGACGUACUACGACCCCUUCUACUCCGACCUGUACCACUUCGCGCGUGCACCAUCCGCGUCGAAUCCCUCCGCGAUUCCGCCAUACCCGAGCUGGUACGAGUUGCCCGCUAUGCUUGCACGCGGAGGGUGGCAAAGCGCGCUGCACGAAGUUUGGAGCGGGACGAUGUGCGCUCUUUCGCUGGCUGCGUGCGAACAGCGUGGCGCACCCGAGGUGUGGACCAACGCCGCCUAUGGUCAAAGUCACUGGCCGCCGGCAUAAGUCGCCGAUCAGUGCCCAUGUGCAGACCUUUGCCUCCUUUUUUGGUUCCGAACUCCGCCCCGAAGACGCGCUUGGCUUUGCGGGGGCAGACCUUGGCAGACCUUGGCUUCCCGACCCCCUUACCUGGGCGAGAUAGCAUCGCACGCACACGUUGAUUAAGUUA